GAGACUAUGAGUUCGGUGACUUCUGGCAUAAAAGAGUUGGUGCAGAUGCAGAGGCAGUCGUUGAAGGACAAGCCUCAGAGUCAAGUUGCAGCGCCAUCGGCGCAUUGCAAGGCCGGUCCGACGCCUCAGACCUCGCGCCCCAGCGCCACAUGCAGAGGCCGCGGGGUAUCCGCUGCUGGAUCAGUCUCUGGUUCGUGCGGCUCUCCAGGCGGGAGUGGGGAAUUCCACUGCCGCGGCCUCCGCCAGCCCUUUGUCGGAGACGGAGGAGGAAGAAGCCGGAGGCGGUGCUGGAUCGUUUGGCAGUUCCUCAAGAUCCCAUGCUUGCGGCCUUGGGCAAAUUGACAGACAUCAUGGAUGCAUUGACUGCAGACAAGCGCAAGAAGAAAUCGACCCUGGAGGCAGCUCUAGAUGGAGCGCGUGCAGAGUCAGUCAGCUCGGGCGCUGCGAAGCGCUCUGCCAUCGCUCGACGAGCUCUCAUGAAGUCCUUGACCAGCAGCCCUCACAAGAUCUCACAGAACAUCGAGAAGUUGAUGAUGGACAAUUUGUUUGGCAGGACAAGGACUCCGAACAUGCCGGAAUCCGCCUUGUCGGCGGCGGCGCCACCUUUUGCAGUCCCCAGCCAGCAUCACCCACCAGAUGUCAACAUGGGCGAUCCGCCAUUCAGCAAGCUGCUGGACCCACGCUGGUCGGAGGUAGCGCUGGCUCAUCUCAGAGACACCGAGGACUACUUGGACCAGCGAAGAAAGCUUCAGAAGGGAAGCAAAAAGUACGACGCUGCAAGUGGAGACGAUGCUCAGCCGAAGAGGAAAGCAAAAGCCUGUCCGAAGCGCAAUGCAGCGGACGGCA